AUGAGUAUCGCCAACUGCUGUAUCAGGAGAAAAAUGCGUCAAAUGACCAUACCUGCCGACUGCAUUGACUCUUCACAAUAUGCUCUAGGUAUUGGUGACAGCAUAGUCCAAGAGUUCUACGGCUACUGGCGCGAGGACUAUGCGCUCGUGAACCGCGACAUGGGCUGUAUGAUCAUCUGCAUGGCGUCCAAGCUGGACCUCCUCAACGAUGAAAUGAAGAUGCACCAUGGCAAUGCCCAUGAGUUUGCAAAAGCUCAUGGAGCUGAUGAUGAUACAGCUAAACAAAUAGUGACUAUACUCCACGAGUGUGAGUCAAGCCCCUCCACCGAAGACGAUCCUUGCUUAAGAGCGCUUGAGAUAUCCAAAUGCUUCCGCUCGAGGAUCCACGAGCUCAAGUGGGCGCCAAACAUGGAGGUGGUUCUCGAGGAGGUCAUGACGGGAGUUAAGACUUAG